ACGUCACCAGCGCUGGUAGUUUCUGGAGUCACCCACAGAGGCUGAGUCCGCCCCAAGCCAAGAUGAUCCUGACACUGCUGCUCAGCGUCGGGGGGCCCCUGGGCUGGGGGCUGCUGGGGGCCUGGGCCCAGGUCCCCAGUACCAGGUUCUCCGAUCCACACAGCCCCAGGCCACCUGGGGUCUGGAGGGCAGAGGCUGAGGACAGGGACCCCGUCAGACGUAACUGGUGUCCCUACCAGAAGUCCAGGCUGGUCACCUUCGUAGCUGCUUGCAAAACAGAGAAAUUCCUCGUCCACUCACAGCAGCCAUGUCCACACGGGGCUCCAGACUGCCAGAAAGUGAAAGUCAUGUACCGCGUGGCCCACAAGCCAGUGUACCAGGUCAAGCAGAAGGUGCUGGCCUCCGUGGCAUGGAGGUGCUGUCCGGGCUUUGUGGGACCCGACUGCCAGCACUACGAUCCCAGGGCGAUUCCUGAGCCUGAAGAUCCAGGUGAUAGCCUCCAGGAGCCUUGGGAUGGGCCAGUUGACUUUGAACCUGGCCACCAGGAUGCAGACAUCAGCGACAUGGUGGAGCAGCAGGAACGCCGGCUGGGAGAUCUCCAGAAUGACAUUCACCAGGUGGCAGACAGCCUCCCAGGCCUAUGGAAGGCCCUGGCAAGCAACCUCACAGUGGCAAUAACUGAGGCAAAUCAGACAGAGCUUGAGUUUCCCGGCAGAUCCUUGGAGCAAGUGCUACUGCCCCACAUCAACACCUUCCUGCAAGGACAUCUCAGCCCCAUGUGGAGAAGCUUCAACCAAAGCCUGCACAGCCUCUCCCAGGCCAUAAGAAACUUAUCUCUUGAUGUGGAGGCCAACCGACAGGCCCUCAAGAGGGUCCAGGAGAGCUCUGUGGCCAGAGCUGACUUCCAGGAUCUCGGUGCCAAAUUUGAGACCAAGGUCCAGGAGAACACCCAGAGGGUGGGCCAGCUACGGCAGGAUGUGGAGGGCCACCUGCAUGCCCAGCACCUGUCCCUGCACCAGUCCCUCUUGGAGGUCCAGGCCGAUGUGGACACCAAGCUGAAGAAGCUCCUUAAGGCCCAGGAGUCCCCGGGGGUCAAUGGCAGCCUGGUCCUGGUGGCAGCAGGGGCAGCAGCGAGGCCGGAACCAGAGAGCCUGCAGGCCAGACUGGGUCAGCUGCAGAGGAACCUCUCUGCACUGCAUGUGACCACUGCCCACAGGGAAGAGGAGUUACAGGGCACCCUCGCAGACAUGAAGGCCACCCUCGCCCAGCACGUGGAUGAGAUCAAGGAGCUGUAUUUGGAAUCCGAUGACACCUACGAACAGAUCAGCAAGGUAGAGCGGCAGGUGCAGGAGCUUCAGGUGAACCACACAGCUCUGCGCGAGCUGCGGGUGAUCCUGAUGGAGAAGUCACUGAUCAUGGAGGAGAACAAGGAGGACAUGGAGCGGCAGCUCCUGGAGCUCAACCUCACCCUCCAGCACCUGCAGGGCGGCCACGCGGACCUCAUCAAGUACGUCAAGGACUGCAACUGCCAGAAACUCUACUUUGACCUGGAUGUCAUCCGGGAGGGCCAGCGGGACACCACGCGUGCCCUGGAAGAGACCCAGGUGAGCCUGGACGAGCGGCGCCAGCGGGACGGCUCCUCCCUGCAGGCCCUGAGCAGCACGGUGGCUGCUCUGUCGCUGGCGGUGGAUGCGCACCAGGCGGCGGCCGAGCGGGCGCGGGCCGACGCGGCACGGCUCCGGAGUCAGCUGCGCACGCUGGGCAGCGAGGUGAGUGCGCUGCGGGCCGCCGAGGGCGAGAUGCGACGCGAGAUCCGCCGGCUGCACGGAUCCUUCGCGGCCCUGCUGGAGGACGCGCUGCGGCACGAGGCCGUGCUGGCCGCCCUCUUCGGGGAGGAAGUGAUGGAAGACAUGUCCGAGGAGGCGCCCAGCCCGCUGCCCCUGCGCUACGAGCAGAUCCGCACCGCCCUGCUGGACGCGGCCAGCGGGCUGCAGGAGCAGGCCCUCGGCUGGGACGCGCUGGCCGCCCGGGUGACAGCCCUGGAACGGGCCUCGGGGACCAGCGGGCAGGCCGAGCGCCUGGAGCCCAAUCGGGACGCGUCGCCAGCGGCGGCCGGCGGGCCGGAUCUGGCUGGGCUAGUGCAGGAGCUCCAGCGCCUGAGCUCCCGCAUGGAAAGCGUGGGCCAGUGCUGCGAGGCUUCCUGGGCCUCCUCCUUCAACAGCUCCCUCGAGGGCCUUCGCGGGGAGCUCUCCACCACCGAGCACGGCUUGCAGCGGCACCAGCGCCUCUUCCACAGCCUCUUUGGGAACUUUAAAGAACUCUUGGUAGCCAACAUCAGCCUGGACCUGGGGAAGCUGCAGGCCAUACUGAGCAGGAAAGGGAAGAAGCAGCAGAAAGGUCUGGAAGCUCCCAGGAGGAGGGAACAGAAGCAAGUGGAGUCUUUGGAGGAUGCGCAUGUCAAAGGGCCGGUGCUCUGGGACGCAGGCUCCCCUGUGGCCUUCUACGCCAGCUUUUCAGAAGGGACAGACGCUCUGCAGACAGUGAAGUUCAACACUACUUACAUCAACAUCGGCAGCAGCUACUUCCCUGAACACGGCUAUUUUCGAGCCUCUGAGCGUGGGGUCUAUCUGUUUGCAGUGAGCAUUGAAUUCGGCCCAGGGCCAGGCACCGGGCAGCUGGUGUUUGGAGGUCACCGUCGGACCCCUGUCUAUACCACCAAGGAGCAGAGGGGUGGGAGCCCAGCAACGACCUUUGCCAUGGCUGAGCUGCAAAAGGGUGAGAGAGUAUGGUUUGAGCUAACCCAGGGAUCAAUAAUGAAGAGAAGCCCUCCAGGCACUGCAUUCGGGGGCUUCCUGAUAUUCAAGACCUGAGUACAAGGCACAGCUCUGACCAGACAUUGUGGACUUAUCCAGCUCACCUUGGCCUGGGGCUCAGGCCAGGGUUGGUCUGGAGACCAUGCAGUUGGUCUAGCUCUUCCCUGGAAACCUUCUGCAAAGACAACGUGGUAUUUGUGACCUCCCUCUAGACGCACUGGGUCUGGCUGUUUUUUAACGAUGAGAAGGACUGGAAUGCUUCUCUCCGGGCAAGACUUGGUCCGGGGACAUGUGAACCUUGGGUUGGCGUGCCUUCCAAGGCGGCAUGGCUUGGAUUCCAGCUCUUGGCCGUACCCUGUGUUCUGUAGCUUCUUUGGUGUUUUGCUCCUCCUGUGGUUGGAAACUUCCAUAUAACACUUUAAACCUUU